UGCAGGGUGAGUGGAGUCCCUGAUAAAUUUGGAGCCUCUGCUCUGACAUCUGGACAGAUAAAUGUCCUCGACUGCCGGUAGCUGUGUACCAAUGAUGUUGAGCUGUCCUGAUGACCUGUUGUAGAGCCUUCUGUUGUUCUCUUGUACAGUUGGCAUACCAUGCUGUAAUGCAGUACGUCAGUACACUUUCCACUGUACAUUGGUAGAAGUUAACAAGAAGACCCUGGGGCAGUCUCGCUCUCCUCAUUCCACUCAAGAUAUGGAGGCAUUGUUGUGCCUUUCCAAUGACGGUAGAGGUGUGUGUGGCCCAAGAGAGGUCUUCUGUAAUGUUCACAUCCAGGAAUCUCAAACUGGGGACUCUCUCCAUAGCCUCGCCAUUUAUGAGCACAGGACUGAGUUCAGUUCUUUUUUUUCCUGAAGCCCACCACAAUCUCCUUUGUCUUCUGGUGUUAAGAAUGAGAUUGUUGGCGGAGCACCGGGCCAUCAGGUUUUGUACCUCGUCCCUGUAUGCGGUCUCAUCGUUUGUAAUCAAACCAUUGACUGUCGUAUCAUCUGCAAGCUUCACAGUGGUGUUUGUUGUGUGGACAGGUAGACAGUCUUGGGUGAAGAGUUCAUACAGCAAAGGACUCAACACACAUCCCUGCGGAACACCAGUGUUCAGGGUGAGAGUGGAGUGUGCUUUCCUAACUAACAUUGUGGGGGCAGUUGGUGAGGAAGUCCAGAGACCACCUACAGACGGCUGUGCUUAGGCCUAGGUUCUGGAGUUUGAACACCAGUACGUUGGGGAUGACCAUGUUAAAGUCUGAACUGAAGUCAAUGAAGAGCAUUCUGACAUAUGUGUUCAGCCCAUCCAGGUGCUCCAAGGCGGUGUGGAGGAUGAGGCUGAUGGCGUCCUCUGUUGAUCUGUUUGCUUGAUAGGCAAACUGAUACUGAUCCAGAGUGGCAGGGAUGAUGUUUUUAAUAUAUGCCAGAAUCAGCUUCUCAAAGCACUUGGAUAUCAAGGGAUUUGCCAAGCAAUAUGGAAAUAUUUUUAGUAUUCGAAUGGGACAAAGGAUGGUUUUUGUAAAUGGUCUGAAGCCUGUGAAGGAAGCCCUGGUUGAACAAGGUGAAAACUUUGUUGAUCGCCCAUCAUUACCACUAUUUACUGAUAUUAUCCAGAACAAAGGUUUGGUUGCCUCCAAUGGGUAUCAGUGGAAACAGCAAAGAAGGUUUGCCCUCCAUACUCUGAGAAACUUUGGACUGGGGAAGAAAAGUCUUGAGUCGCAGACCCAAGUGGAAUGUAGGUUCCUAAAUGAAGUCAUAGGGAACACUCAAGGUCAGCCAUUUGAACCUAUUUCUGUUGUUAACAAUGCUGUUGCCAACAUCAUCAGUUGUCUGGUGUUUGGCGACCGGUUUGACUACAGCAACAGCUACUUCCAAACACUGCUGAAAUUAAUGAAUGAAGCAGUUUAUUUGGAGGGAAGCAUUUGGGCUCAGUUGUACAAUAUGUUCCCGUGGCUGAUGCGCAGAUUACCUGGUCCACACAAAAAAAUAUUAUCCCACUGGGCAAUUGUGAUUGGCUUUAUAAAGCUAAAAAUUAAGGAGCACAAGGAGGACUGGGACUCUUCAACUCCAAGAGACUACAUUGACAGUUUCUUUUCUGAGAUGGAAAAGUGGAAAGAUGAUGCUGAAGCAGGUUUCAAUGAGGACAACUUGUGUUACUGCACUCUGGACCUGUUUGCUGCUGGGACAGAAACAACAUCAACUACACUGAACUGGGCUUUAUUGUAUAUGAUUAAAUACCCAGAAAUACAAGAGAAGGUACAAGUGGAAAUAGAUCAAGUACUUGGACCCUCACGUCUGGCUACUAUGGCAGACAGAGCCAAUAUGCCCUACACUGAUGCUGUUAUUCAUGAGAUACAGAGAAUGGGCAACAUUAUACCAUUGAAUUUGGUGCGUUUGACCACAGAAGACACAACAUUGAGAGGAUACACAAUUCCAAAGGGUACUAUGGUGAUGGCAACGUUACACUCUGUGCUUUUUGAUGAGAUUGAGUGGGAGACUCCUUUCGCAUUUAAUCCUGGCCAUUUCCUAGAUGCAGAGGGGAAGUUCAGAAGACGAGAUGCCUUCUUGCCUUUCUCAGCUGGCAAGAGGGUGUGUCUUGGGGAGCAGCUGGCACGGAUGGAGUUGUUCCUGUUCUUCACGUCCCUUCUCCAGCAGUUCACAUUCUCUCCACCCCCUGGUGUGGAGCCCACCCUGGAGUCCAAAGUGGGAGCUACCCACAGCCCUAAGCCAUAUAAGUUGUGUGCUGUACCCCGCUGAACACAGCAAUGUCAUAAGGAAGAUUUUUUGCUGGAAAUUUGAAAAUGUUCGGAUGCCACACUGAACUAAUUUCCCGAAAGUGUACGAUAAAAAAGGAAUAGAGUGGUGUAGGCAUAUGUAUCCCAUGGAAGUGCAUAAGGUGGAGUUGUAACUUAGGUUACAAUGUCAUGUUACCUGCUUCAGUAACGGGUGUUUUGGACGUUUGCUUUUCUCUCUGGGGGCGAGAGUGCAAAAAUAAAGUUGCUAUUAUCACAAAGACAAAAACUGAACACAUUUUAACAAAUCUUCUCAUUGGUCUUGGAGAUAUCUCAUCAGUGUGAGUUGACAGCUUGUUAUGCAAAUUCUGAGGCACAAAUUACAUUUGCUACUAACUUAGAAUUCUUGUAAAUGGAGCUUCAGUUGUAUGAAGGAAACUGUAUUCCUCUGUGCUAAUUUAUGAAACUGCUUUGGAUUUAAGGCGAUACUGUUAAAUGCCCGAGUAACCACCUGAGUUUUGAAAUUACCACACAGGUGGAACAGAAUUAUAAAAUCUGGCAGUUUGCUGAGUACAUUCAUGUCUGAAAACAUAAUGCACUCAUAGGACAUCAAGUUGAGUUGCACAUAGGUUAUGUUACGAUGUUGAUUUAAAAUUAUAAUGCAAAUAAAAAAUUGUUUAUGUG